ACCACAUAGGCGGCGAUAAAAAGCCGCCGCUGGCAGAAGCUUCGGGCUCUGAUUGUUGUUUACGUGUCGCCCGGUCCGGUGGAGUCGUCUUCAUUUGCGCUCUUCUGCUUUUGUGGCCAACUUGAAGGGAUCGAACUGACGAACGGAACGGCCCGCCGACUACUGAUCUUGGCCAGGAACGGAGUCUUUGUGUACCCCGCAACUACGGCGUUUUGUUUGCCUUCGUUUUCUAUUUGGUUUUGGAGUUGAGACAACAAUAGAGCUAGAAGCGUAGCACCAUGAACAGCAUACACAUGAACGCCAAUACGCUGAAGUACAUCAGCCUGCUGACGCUGACCCUGCAGAAUGCCAUCCUGGGCCUCAGCAUGCGCUACGCCCGCACCCGGCCAGGCGACAUCUUCCUCAGCUCCACGGCCGUACUCAUGGCAGAGUUCGCCAAACUGAUCACGUGCCUGUUCCUGGUCUUCAACGAGGAGGGCAAGGAUGCCCAGAAGUUUGUACGCUCGCUGCACAAGACCAUCAUUGCGAAUCCCAUGGACACGCUGAAGGUGUGCGUCCCCUCGCUGGUCUAUAUCGUUCAGAACAAUCUGCUGUACGUCUCUGCCUCCCAUUUGGAUGCGGCCACCUACCAGGUGACGUACCAGCUGAAGAUUCUCACCACGGCCAUGUUCGCGGUUGUCAUUCUGCGCCGCAAGCUGCUGAACACGCAGUGGGGAGCGCUGCUGCUCCUGGUGAUGGGCAUCGUCCUGGUGCAGUUGGCCCAAACGGAGGGUCCGGCGAGUGGCUCGGCCGGUGGGGCCGCAGCUGCCGCCACGGCCGCCUCCUCUGGCGGGGCGCCUGAGCAGAACAGGAUGCUCGGACUGUGGGCCGCACUGGGCGCCUGCUUCCUCUCCGGAUUCGCGGGCAUCUACUUCGAGAAGAUCCUCAAGGGCGCCGAGAUCUCCGUGUGGAUGCGGAAUGUGCAGUUGAGUCUGCUCAGCAUUCCCUUCGGCCUGCUCACCUGCUUCGUUAACGACGGCAGCAGGAUCUUCGACCAGGGAUUCUUCAAGGGCUACGACCUGUUUGUCUGGUACCUGGUCCUGCUGCAGGCCGGCGGUGGAUUGAUCGUUGCCGUGGUGGUCAAGUACGCGGAUAACAUUCUCAAGGGCUUCGCCACCUCGCUGGCCAUCAUCAUCUCGUGCGUGGCCUCCAUAUACAUCUUCGACUUCAAUCUCACGCUGCAGUUCAGCUUCGGAGCUGGCCUGGUCAUCGCCUCCAUCUUCCUCUACGGCUACGAUCCGGCCAGGUCGUCGCCGAAGCCAACUAUGCAGGGUCCUGGCGGCGAUGAGGAGAAGCUGCUGCCACGCGUCUAGCUCUGGAGGAAUCCGGAUCUGCCAACAGUAUUUGUCCGCAACCCGGAGGCCGUUCGGUAAUUGCUCUGGUGCAUCCGGUGCAUCCGGUGUCCUUGAUAUUCCCCACGUUCUGUGUGUAUAUAUGUUAUGGUGGAUAUUAACGUCUGGACAAUUCGUAGCACUUUCAGUUGAGACGAUAAUUGUAAUGUAAAGCAGCGAUAAGAAUACUUAAUUAUUUAUGUAAUUUAAAUGUAUUUAGGGUAUUCACUAGCGAAACUAAAGUAUAGAUAAUGAAAUGAUACAGCUUGAAUUGAUCAUUUUGAUUGUUACUUUGCGAAUGCUAAGGAAUGCCAGCAGUAUUUACUGAACACACCACACAUCCCGUGCCUAUCUUUUUGUAAAUAUCCACUUGCACUCAAGUUUAGACUAAGAUUUGUAGCGAUUUAUAGUGUUCAAGUUACACCUGAUGUUCGGCCAAUGCCCAGCCACAACUACUUUUGUUCGAAUUUUUUAAGAAGAUCAUAUAUAUGUAUAUAUAGCUACUUGAAUGUGCAUUCAUUCAUUGCCAAUUACUAUAUUUUUGAGAAAUCCUAGGAUGAACCAAUCCACACUUAUAUAUUUACAUUUGCACUAAAGUCGCAUCAUUCGCACAGCGUUUUAAGAGUGAUUCCAUAUCGUAUGUUUCAUUUUGUUUGAAUAAAUAUUAGACGAAUAA